CGACAGACAAUUUUCGGCACUCGAACGGAGCUGAUCGCAGUUGGCGUCGGUCGUCGUCGGUCGUGCGGUAGUCUGGUGCGGUGUUUGUGAUCGUGCGUGCGUGCGACGUUUCGUGAGUGUUUGUGUGAUUUCGCGCCGUGUGUUGAAGGAAGAGGAAAAGCAGAGCACUCUACGAUCGGAUUUUCUUUUGCGGAAAAAAGCGAAAAUCCGUAAUUUCUUUUUAUGCAAGUGGAAUUUAAACGGUUAUUGCUUAUCGUUUUGCCUGAAGGUUCGCGGGAGAUUUCGAGGGAACCAAGCGGUGAAGAAAAAAAAGUGAAUGUUUUGCGAAACUGGCCAUUAAAUGUGAAUUGUUGGGAAAUUGUCGUGAUCGUGAGACAGUGAAUCAAUCAGAAGCAUCACAGCAUUUUAGAAGGAAAAUACACCACGAGGGUUUGGGUGUUUGUGUGUGAUUUGCUGGUCGGUGAAUGUGACACGGAGUGUCACGACGGGUUGCUUAGUUGGGAAGGACCGGAAAUCGCGCUUUUUCAUUCAGCGGUCGCGCGGUUUACGCACGCACAGUAAUGGCGGCUGGCAACAUGGCGGCAUCGAAGGAGGCGCGCGCGACUUUUCUGACAGCUUGAGCGCAAGGCGCAGCAAUAGCGUGUAGGUGGCGUCGCGUCAAAACAAUAACAAAAGUGAUUUGUGGUGCUGAGAGGUGUGCUCGGGAGCGCGCUCGCUCGCGAGCUGUCGGUCGUUUUAUUCGCAAAUUUGCGCGUGCUGAGUUGUAACAAGUUGACAGAUUGAUUCCGCUGGUGUAACACAGUGGCGACAGCGUGACGGCGCCACGUUGCACAACAAUAACAAAAAAUAAAAAACCUGUGAAAAGUCAUUUUUCUUGGCGUCGCAGCAGGCCAGCAAAAACAACAACAAAACUAAACGAAGGAGGAAAAAAAGCAGCCAGCAGUCAUGAAGCUUUGGAAAUCGAAGAAAUCUUCUUCCGGUGGAAGUGGAAGCAGCUGUGUACCCGGAAGUGGUGGUGGUGGUGGUGGCAAGGGAGGUGGCACACUGUCCAAAAACUGCAACUUCAAUGGCCACAGCAGCAGCAGCAACAACAGCUUCGAGGAUAAUAGCGUCGAGACGUCGUUCAUCAACCCGUCGGCGGUGGCGAAUAAUGGUGGCGCGGUGACAACGGCCGCGGGGACGCCGUCGGCCGGAGCAGGGCUGCAGCAGCAAUCGGCAGCACCGCCGGGAGCGACCGGGAGCAUGAUGUCGGCAAUCGACCGGGCCAUGAGUCCGGCCCAGUCGGAGGACUCCGGGCUGGCGGCGGACCGCGGGACCACCUACGCGACCAUCUCGAUCAGCCGCGACCAGGGCCAGUCGCUGGGCAUCGUUCUGGCAGAACGUAACGACCUGUCGUAUCCACCGGUGGUGGAGUCCAUCAACGGACCGGCGGCGGAUUUCCUGGCCCCGGGCGACCGUAUCCACCAGAUUGACGGCAUCUCCACCGUAGGACUCACGAACCAGCACCUGUUUAGCAUUCUUGCCCACGGAGACGGACCCGCCGUCAUGGAGAUCGAGUACACCUUCCCGGAGUACAUUUCCCAGAACAGCUUGUGCGUCACGACAAAGCUCGCCCAGAUCACGGUUGAACGGGAAAACGGCUGCCUGGGGUUGACGUUGCGGGGUGGAGGCGAGUACCCGCUGGUCGUGACCAACGUCCGAAUGCACGGUCCGGUGUUCAAAACCGGUCAGAUCAAGCCCGGCGAUCGCGUGCUGCGAGUCGAUAAUAUCUCCCUGGUCGCCAAGACCCUCUCGGAAGCGCAGCACAUCCUCAAAACCGGUCACAUGUCCGGCUUCACGAACCUGACGAUCGAGUACGACGUGUCGGUAAUGCAGAGCGUCGAGUUCAGCAUGGGCCCGCUGCUGCUGGAGAUCGAGCGGCCGAUGAACGAAAAGUUGGGCCUCAUCCUGAGCAACUACUCGAGCGCCAUCAACGGCGGCGACAUCUACCACCACAAGCUGGUCGACGAGGUGCAGCCGGCCGGCAUCUACAUUGCCAGCAUUCUUCCGGCGAGCAUAGCGGACCGGUGCGGCGCGCUGUCCAUCGGCGAUCAGAUCCUGUCGGUGGACGAAACGAUCGUGGAGAACAGUGCGUACUCGCCGGAGGAGGUCACCGCCCUGCUGGACGAGACGUGCACCAAGGGGUAUACGCAGCUGCAGAUUCUGCCGGCGCACACGCUGGUGCGGCGAAGAGGAAUCUCCUGCUCCUCACCUAAGUACGGCUUCAACACGGUCGACUCGCGGAAGAACCUGUCCGCGGCCAAGAACCGUCGCCUGGUGCGAAAGAGUUCGCUUCCGCAACCUGCCGAAAAUGGUGGCUUGCAUCCAAACGUGGGUCUCUGCAAAGCGGAAACGAUCCAGCUGGUUCUGGACUGCUCGCAGGGUUCCGGGAUCUGUUUGGGGCCGAAGACGCCCUGCGGGCGGGGGUUCAUUAUCGCGCAGGUGGUGCCGGAUUCGGUGGCGGAGCGGUCCGGGUGUCUGCAGAAGGGGGACCGGAUUUUGGGCGUCAAUAAGAUGUACAACUUGGACGCGAACACGAUCCGGCAGUUGUUGGGGGAUUUUGGGGUGAAAACGGCCGCGAACCAUUAUCACAAUCAGCCGCAGGCGACGAAUUGGGUGGAGUUGGAGCUGGAGUUUGACAUGGCGGACAGCGUGAUUCCGUCGAGCGGGGUGUUCAACAUCAAGCUGGUUCGGCAGAACCGGUGUGGGCUGGGGAUUACGGUUAAUGGGAAUAACCAUGGGUCGUUUGUGAUCUCGGAGGUUAAGCCGGGCAGUGCCGCACAUCGGACGGGGUCGUUGAGGGCCGGGGACGUUUUGUUGGCGGUGGACAAUCAUCCGGUGCAGCACUACAAUCUGGAUCUGCUGUUGAAGGAGAGCAAGAACGAGUUCAUAACGUUGACCGUGAAGCGGAACUCGUUGCCGGACUUUUUGUUUGACGCACAGCAGAAGACGAACAUGCUCUAUGGGAGUACUGAGGACAACGCCUACAUCUACGGCAACAGAUACAACGAAUCACCGUCGCUGAAGUCCAACAACAACGUGGAUUACUUCCAGAUCGAGGAUCACAUGCAGCAGAACCUGCGACGACCCGUUUGGAAUCGCCCAAAUGCGUACGACAUCCUGCCCGGUCCAAACCCCAUGACCCAGAGCACCGGAACGCUCAAAGCCAUGCACCAUCAAACUUCCUCCAGCACCGAGAACCUUCCCCAUCCACCGGCACAACUGCUCUCCGGAGAUGCCACCGGCGACCUCGGCGAGGACCGCUUCGACGACAUCGUCCACUACAAGAUGGCAUCGAUGAACAUCAACAGCACCAACUACGUCGGCCUUCCCAGCGGAAACUCCGGCGGCGUAGCCGGCGGAGGAGGAGUCUCACAAGAUCCAACCAACCCCGACCAACCCCAAAUCCAGCAAAUCAUCUUCAACGUCCGCCUCGAACCGAACGGCGGCCCCCUCGGAAUCACCCUCGCCGGAAGCGACGACCUGCAGAAACCCAUCAAGAUCAGCGCGCUCACCGAGGGCGGCAUCGCCCACACCAACGGCCAACUAAAAGUCGGCGACUGCCUCCUCGCCAUCAACGGCGAAAACAUCUGCGGAGUCCCACUCACCACGGCCACCAAGCUCCUGCACAAGUUCGAGAACGUCGUCGACCUGCAAAUCUCCCGAACGGAGUGCAUCUCCUCUUCAGCGCGACCCGGCAGCGAACAACCCCAGCCGCAAGCCGUGUACGCCAAGGUGCAGCGGAACCGACCCCGAAGUCCGUCCAUCACGGACGCCCACUCGACCAACUCGAACCAGAGCGGCCAGAGUUCGCCGGGGGCGCCGUGCCGGACGUUGCACGUGACGCUGUUCAAGGAUCGCGUGUACGACGACUACGGCUUCUCGGUGUCGGACGGGCUGUACGAGCGGGGCGUGUACAUCAACCGGAUCCGGACGGGGGGACCGGCGGACAUGGUCGGGAUGCUGAGGCCGUUCGAUCGGAUCGUGCAGGUCAACGGUAUCAAGACCCAGGACUUUGAUUGCUGCCUCACGGUUCCGCUGAUUGCGGCAGCCGGCGACAAGAUUGACCUCGUCAUCCAGCGGCCCCUGUCGAAAUGAUCCUCGCCCCGGCCGGAGUACUACUACACUCUCGGGGGGACCAGACACACCAAGUUAAAAGUGCCAUUUCCAGCGGAAGAUCGUCCAAAUCCGACCGAAACGGAAAGAAAACCAAUCGAAGCCAAGCUGACGAGCUCGCCCUAUUGCCUUUUGUCGUUGUAACCACUUUCUAACCUUUUCUAAAUUUGAAAUUUUCCACACUUUUACCACAUUUUGAAUCACACAACUCUCCGCGCGCGUAUUUAUUACUCAUAUCGUAUCGUUAAAGUUUAGACUAUCUCUCACUCUUAUUCAUGUUAACGCCAAAGAAAGCGAAAAAGCGAAAUCACACAUCUUAUACCAAACUUUUACAAUAUUAUUACUAUUAUACUCUCUAUACACCAAAUACAUUACUGAAAACUGCUAGGACAAUAAGAAGAAGCAGAAGAAUAAAGUUAGCCAAAGUUUCCUUCCGAGAAAAGCAAACCAAAGAAUUUCGAAUCCACGUUUUGUCACGCCAUAUUGUAGCAAAUAAGGAUUGCCAUUUACAGUUUAGAAAAUACACACAAAUAUAUAAGAGUUAAGCAAAAAAACUAAA